AUGUCCUCCUCCCUCCUCCGCACGACGCCUCUCCUGCGCGCCGGCCUUCGCGCCCGUGCCGCAAAGCCUCUCGCCGCCAUGGCCACCACAAGCUUCACCCGCGGCAAGGCCACUCUCCCCGAUCUGCCGUACGACUACGGCGCGCUCGAGCCCUACAUCUCCGGCCAGAUCAUGGAGCUUCACCACUCCAAGCACCACCAGACCUACGUCAACGGCUUCAACGCCGCCGUCGAGGCCCUCGCCGAGGCUGAGGCCAAGGGCGACUCCAAGGCUGCCGCUUCUCAGGCCCCUCUGCUCAACUUCCACGGCGGUGGUCACGUCAACCACUCCCUCUUCUGGGAGAACCUCGCCCCCAACGGCAAGGGCGGUGGUGGUGAGCCCGAGGGCAAGCUCCUGACUGCCAUCAACCAGGACUUUGGCUCCUUUGAGAACCUCAAGAAGCAGACCAACGCUGCCCUCGCCGGCAUCCAGGGCUCCGGCUGGGCCUGGAUCGUCAAGGACAAGGCCUCCGGCAACCUCACCCUCGUCACCCGCGCCAACCAGGACCCUGUCACCGGCAACUUUGAGCCGCUGCUGGGCAUCGACGCCUGGGAGCACGCUUACUACCUCCAGUACCAGAACCGCAAGGCUGAGUACUUCAGCGCCAUCUGGGAUGUUAUCAACUGGGGAACCGUUGCCAAGCGAUUCGGACAGUAG